CAUGAAGCUUGUUUCUUUUCACAGAAACUACAUCUUCUGAUUGGCUGCCAGUUAUAAUCGAGGAAGCAGCGUUCUUUCUGAUUGGCCACCAGCCUCUCAGUAACGCAGCGCUUCCUGGUUUUCUGCAAAUGGAGAAAUAAAGUCGUUUUUAAAACGCUUGCUGCGGUGGGAAAACCUGGCUUCAAAAUGCCACACAGAAGCAGCUGCAGUGUGGUCGUGGUCAUCGUGUUGUGUCUUUUUGUAAGUGCAUCCUGUAUGUUUCCCACUCUGGAUCAUAUUAAAGCCAGAUCCAGCAGUAAGGCUCAGGGGAGAGCAGUGGUCGAGCUGCUCAAGCGUCUGAUCGGUAACAGAUCCACAGAGUUCAUAGUGUCAGUGAACAGAAGCCUUUCUAACGACAGUCUGGAUGUGUGUGAGCUCAGAUCAACCAAAAACAACAAAAUAGUGGCGACAGGCAGCAGCGGGGUGGCCGUGGCUUCUGGGAUUUACAACUAUCUGAAAUACUUCUGUAACUGUCAUGUUUCCUGGUCUGGUGAUCAGCUGGAUCUACCCCGUCCUCUGCCCAAGCUCAGCGGAGUCCUGCGCAUCAGCACACCGCACAGGUUUCGUUACUACCAGAACGUCUGCACUUUUAGCUACUCCUCUGUGUGGUGGGACUGGCCAAGAUGGGAGAGAGAGAUCGACUGGAUGGCACUCAAUGGAAUCAAUCUUCCGUUGGCUUUCACCGGCCAAGAGGUCCUAUGGCAAGAGGUGUAUCGUGCUAUUGGGUUAAACCAGUCAGAGAUAGAAGAGUUCUUCUCUGGACCGGCUUUUCUUGCCUGGAACCGGAUGGGAAACAUGUUCCAGUUUGGUGGACCUCUGCCACAGUCCUGGCAUGUGAACCAGCUCACCCUCCAAUUUAAAAUCUUGGAGCGAAUGAGAUCGUUUGGUAUGAUUCCCGUGCUGCCGGCCUUUUCCGGGAACAUUCCCAAGGGAAUUCUCAGGUUGUAUCCAGAGGCAAAUGUAACAAGAUUGGGCCCUUGGGCUCAUUUCAACUGCAGCUUCUCAUGCUCCUACAUGUUGGACCCCCGGGACCCACUUUUCCUCCAGAUCGGAUCCCUCUAUCUGUCCCAGGUGGUCAAACAGUUUGGGACCGACCACAUCUACAACACUGACACUUUCAAUGAGAUGACUCCACCUUCCUCUGACACCGACUACCUGUCUGCUGUCAGCCGCUCUGUGUUUGCCUCAAUGACUGCAGUUGACCCUCAGGCAAUUUGGCUGAUGCAAGGCUGGCUGUUCUUCAGUGAUGCAGCGUUCUGGAAGCCAGCCCAAAUUCAGGCCCUACUACAUGGAGUGCCCCUGGGUCGAAUGAUCGUAUUGGACUUGUUUGCAGAGACCGAGCCAAUUUUCUCCUACACCGAGUCUUUCUAUGGACAGCCCUUCAUCUGGUGCAUGCUGCAAAACUUUGGGGGCAACAGCGGUUUCUUUGGCACAGUGGAAAGCAUCAAUUCAGGACCCUUCAAAGCCUUACAUUUCCCAAACUCCACCCUGGUCGGCAUAGGCAUGACACCUGAGGGCAUUGAACAGAAUCCGGUGAUGUACGAGUUGAUGAGCGAGCUGGCUUGGCGUAAGGAGCCGGUCAACUUGUCCAAGUGGGCUUCGCUGUAUGCAGUACGUCGCUAUGGCAGCACACAAGAUAACUUGACCGCUGCAUGGAGGCUCCUGUUUGCCAGCGUUUACAACUGCACUGUACCACAUUACCGAAAUCACAACCAUAGCCCAUUGGUGCGCCGACCUUCAUUACAUAUGAAUGUUGACCGUUGGUAUGACCCAGCUGACUUGUUCAAAGCCUGGAAACUGAUUAUGGAGGCAUCUCCAUCUCUCAUGUACAAGGAGACCUUCCGGUAUGAUCUUGUGGAUGUGACUCGGCAGGUUUUACAAGUCCUGACGACAUCGUAUUACCUGGAUAUCAAAGAUGCUUUCCAGAACCACAAGUUACCAGAGCUGCUAACUGCAGGCGGGGUGCUGGUCUACGACCUCUUGCCGGAGCUUAAUCGUUUGCUGAGUAGCGAUCGCAACUUCCUGUUGGGGACGUGGCUGGAGCGAGCACGAUCCUUAGCCCUGGAUGAAAAAGAGGCACAGCUCUAUGACAUGAACGCCAGAAACCAGCUCACUCUAUGGGGUCCCAGUGGUGAGAUCCUGGACUACGCCAGCAAAGAGUGGGGUGGCCUCAUGGAGGACUAUUACGCCCAGAGAUGGGGCCUGUUUGUCCAAACACUGGUGGAGUGUCUGGACAGAGGACAGCCUUUUAACCAGGACGCUUUCAACCAGGCAGUUUUCCAGAUAGAAAAGGGAUUCAUUUACAACGGCCGAAAGUACCCUACCAAGCCUCAGGGAGACAUGUUUGAGAUCGCCUGCAGGAUCUUCCUUAAGUACUACCCACAGGCCUUGAAGAGACUAUAGUGAGCAGAGACCACAUUUUGGGAAAACCUGACUCAAGUCGCAGCAAGAAGAAUGUCUUCCUCCACCUCCAGUUUUCCAUGGAACUCCCAAACAUGAAUAAAGACAAUCUUUUGUAGGGGAGAACGGGGUUGGUAGUCACACUUUUUACUUUCCUUUGAAUUCCUCAUAAACCAUAAACUGAAUAAAUUUCCUUUUAAUUUGUAAUGAAAGUCUAAAGUGUCAGGUAGGAAUAGAGAGGUCUUACUCCCCUUCAGCUUAUUCUGUUCAAAAGAUAUGAACCGUCAGAUAUGUCUUGUGCACUUGUGACAACCAACCCCACGAUGGGGAUGGUUGUUACACACUAUGAGGUUGGUUGUCCCUCUGUUAUUUUAAUGGGGGGAAAAAAAAAGUAUACUGUCAUAAAAAAACAUUUAAAAUGUUUAGUUUAAUUGAAAUACAACAACCUAACACAUCUCCUGUACCAAGAGAACAUAAACAGGAACAAUCAUUCCACUAAGUGCCUUUUUUGUCCUUAUAUAACAAUUUUGUUAAUUUUCACCUCUCUGACUGUCCUGAGCUUUACAUCUGGAGGAGUCUGGCCCUUGUUUGUCUUCCUGAUAAAGUUCCUGCUCAUUUUGUUAUCUUAAAAGAAAGAAAAUACUAGAUAUGUCACACUAUAUAUGUAUAUAUACCAACAUGGGAUAACCAACCCCAAAGAAAAUGUGACAAGCAUCCCAAACUAGGAUUUUUUGCUACCAACAAAGCUACCAACCAGAUGUUCUGGUGUAGCUAAGAAAAAAACCUACCUAACUAUCACUCUCUCUUCAUACUUUUUAAUGGUAAUAAUUGAUUUAUUAUAAACUCAUUGUGUUAAAGCCCAGAAGAGAAACACUGAAGAGUUGGAUAUUUACAUUUUCACAUGAAAAAUACUAAACGUCCUCACACCUUGAUGUCAAGCAGUUUACUCCAGAAAUGACCUCUGAUGUAACAUCUCACCUAAAUUCUGAAACUUUCAGUGCCAAAACUUUUUAACAGCGCCCUCUAGAGACUGAGAUCUGAUGAAUGUGACAACCAACCCCGUUCUCCCCUACAUCAGUAUUAGAAAUUUAAAAAAAUAGAUUUACACCUAACACACACUGUGAUCCAAUCAUGCUUUAUAAAAGAGGAGAAUGAAAGUAAUGAAGACAUGCUGGUAAUUAACAAAUGACUGUAUGUUGAUUUGGUCUGAAAGUUCGUGUCUACACUGUUGUUCAUUCAGCAGAUCUUAAAGGAUUAGUUCAACAAUUUGGGAAAUACAUCCAGCAGAGACAGAGAAACAUUCAUUAUUAUGCCACUUGAGUUGUGUUUGUGGCCAUUAGAUUCAAUUUAAUAAUUAGUUGCUGGAAUAUGCCCAGUAGAACCCCAGUUUACUUUUAUCGCCACGCCAGCUGUUUUAUAACCCUAACCCUUACCCCUGCUCCAGGAUUUAUCCUUCUCUUCUCAUUUGGAAAGAAGGGCAAUAUGCAUAUUUCCCAAAAUGUUGAACAUUUCCUUUAAAGUUACUGCACUGUACAGUAACUCCAAGUAUCAGAUCUGACACUAUCAUUCCUAUCUGUCUGAAGUGCCUUACUUUUUAAAGUAACUGAUCAUACUUGUUUUUAGACAUUGCAAUAGUAGCAUCAGAACAAGUAGGCUAGUAACUCUAAUAGUUACCAAACACUUCAGAUCACUGUGAUCAAUUGACCUUUGCAGACACGUUAGUCCCUGCUGUCCCUUGAGGGUUUUUUCUUUAAAAAUAUAUUUUUAUAUGAAAAUUCGUAGGCGUUAAACUCAGAGAUUUCACAUGUACAGCAAUCACUUUCUGAAAAGUAUCGUCUAUUUCUAUGAGUCAUGUUGGUUUUGUUUUGAAUGACUGUAAAAUGUAGAUGAGAUAAAUAUAGUUUUGCUCAAGGACAGUUGAAAUAUUUUGGGAAGAUAACGAUUAUGUUUUUAAUAUUUUAGUCACUACGUGAGCAGAGCUGAAAAUUAAACGGUGCCAGCAAACAUUCUAUGUUGCACAAUAUUUAGUUUCUUUGUUGUAUAAAUGCUAUUUUUGUAUUUUGAUGAAUUAAAAUGUAUGAUUCUUAAACUCAGGCAUGUCAUAAAAGUCUUAAGGCUAUGUGACUAAUACAAUGAUUUUAUUCUCCA